AUGAGCGCUCCAUACAACAGACGCAUGGGCGCAUGCCUACAAUGCUCCCAAAGAAAGCGCAAGUGCGAUCAUAAGCAUCCUCGAUGCUCCCAAUGCCUUAAGAGAGGCCAGAUUUGUGAGCCCAAGACAUUCAGGUCCUUCACGCCGUCCGCUUUCAAUACGGCACGAUGGACUGAAGGGCUCUUGGGAUCGUCACUCGCAUCGGAGCCCAAUAGAGAUGGGGAAACGGAAUUGUCGCAUGCGCAGCGGACCCCUCUAUCCACUCUUGACACUCCUGUACCUACCCCGGACGGUCAUCAAAAGGAUCUCACAGAAGCGGGUCAUGAUCUAUGCGAAACGCCUAUUCGUCCAAGUGCUUACUCUUACUUCACUCUUGGACAUCCAUCACAGGCAACCAACCAUACCUCAAGCCCUCCAGGUCUCGGCCAUAUUCCAGACGCCUGGUACGAUAACUCCAUUAGCAUAACGGCAUUCCUAUCAGAGUUGCAUGAUUCGGCCAAGGAUACCAGUAAUGAAGGAAAUAUUACCCCGAAUGGAAUGGCGGUAGCCAUCCCCGAGUUUUUCCCACUGGAGGUUUCACCAAGCCAACUAUAUUGCCCGAUGCCUUGGCCAGACGACAUGCUUGCAUCGCCCGAGAGGCGCUUCCUCUGGCAAUAUUUCCUUUCCGCAGCCGAGACCGACUUCCUGUGCCUCGACUGGGAGGAUGUUGGUCACUUAUACGCGUAUCAGCACCCGUACGUCACCAACCUCCCUCAUAUGGCGCUUUCCAAUGCCGCCCUACGUGGAGCCAUUCUUUGCUUCAGUGCCGCCCAAUACCAGCUGCGCUUCGAGCGGGAAGAUUUCAUCGUCACGAAGAGUGUCACAUGUUCUGAGGCGGUUCGGUCCAUGGAACUCCAACUGUCGAGCACGACACGCGAUGAGAGUAAUUUGCUUUCCAUCGUUUAUGCGGCUACCUUACUCUACUCUUUUGGGCCUGAGCGUCGCGAUUAUCUCCGGAUAGCGUCACAGCUUGUCAUCGAGUUUUUGGCAAGAUGGAAACCAGAGACAAACGCAUCCAAGUCAUAUCCCGAGAUAACGCUGACGGAAUACCGCUGGACUGUCAUAUCUACUCUCUGUUCCUUGCAGAAGCCCAAUCCUGCUCUGGGCGACCGGAUCUGCCACAUGAUUGAGAUGGGAGACGAUGAAAUCGAACAAAAGUAUUCCAACGCAUUUCAAAGCUGGGUCAGCCACCCCAUUUACACAUUUUCACCUCGACUUGUCAAUCCCUUGUUGAGAAUCGGCCGGCUGUUGCAAAGUCAGCUUUCCCAACUCGAUGCAGGAGCUGAUCAUGAGCCCCCUCCAACUUGGGAGAGCAGAGUGGUUGAGGCAGAAGAAAUCCUCCUCCAAGCUCGUGAGCGAGAUGCAAACGUUUCAGAGUCGGCACUCGAUGGUGCAGAUCCAGUGGCUGUGGUCGCACUGAAUGAGUCUAUGUACGCGGCAAGUUCCAUCCUGCUCUACGCUCGCAUCCAUGGUCUCGCUUUCACAGCGCCAUUCAUCCGUCGCCAGACACGCAUCGUUGUGGACGAGAUCUCCAAGAUCCAGCCCACAUCGCAUGUCUCUUAUGCCAUAGUAUUCCCACUCUUUAUCGCCGGAUGCGAAGCCGUUGAGCCCCAAGUAAGGGAUGUAGUCAAACAGAGACUUCGGGAGCCUCGAGGAGUAUCGUAUAACCGUGGAGACGUUAUCGGCGCCCUCCAUCACGCUAUUCGAAUCACACCGGGCUGA